AUGGCUGCCAACGCAUACGUUUCCGUGCCCCGUAGAGGCGACUGGAUCGACAUUGGUGACGGGUUCAACUACACGGAAGAUUUUGGUUGGGAAGAAGAUGGUCUGCGCGGUCAUAUCUUUGCCGAUACCGAGAACAAGACUGUCGUUAUUGGUCUCAAGGGGACAUCUUUGUGGUUCUUUGACGCCCCCGAAACUACAGACAACGACAGGCUGAACGAUAAUCUAUUCGGAAGUUGCUGUUGUGGGCAAGGCGGACAGUAUUCUUGGAAACGAGUAUGUGAUUGCCAGACUUCUGCGUACACUUGCAAUUCGACUUGUUUGGUAAGGAGCUUGCGGGAGAAAAGCAGCUAUUACCAUGCUGCUCGGCAUCUUUACCAUAACGUCACGGCGUUGUACCCCGACGCCAAUAUCUGGCUAACCGGACAUUCGCUGGGAGGCGUGGUGUCUUCUCUUAUCGGAACUACUUAUGGUCUACCGACUCUGACCUUUGAAGCUUUCCCUGAUGCGCUUGCUGCUCGUCGUCUAGGUCUUCCCACUCCACCAGGUCACCAGAUAGGAGAUUAUGCCAGACGCCAUUACACAGGGACAUUCCAUUUCGGUCACACGGCGGACCCGAUCUAUGUUGGAAGCUGCAAUUCGUUCGAGUCUCCAUGCACGGUUGCAGGUUAUGCGUUCCAAAGCAAAUGCCACACUGGUUACAAUUGCACCUACGAUACGGUCGGUGAGCUCGGCUGGAGAGUUUCAAUCGGCACGCACAGGAUAACCAGCGUAAUCAAGGAUGUCAUUGAAGCGUACGACUCAGUACCCAUGUGUACACAGGACAUUGAUUGCACUGACUGCUCUGGAUGGUCGUUCUUCACGAGCAACGGAACAGAGUCAACUGUCAGCUUGACGAAGACUAGUCCUUCAACACGAUCUACUGCUAGCUCGACUACCACUUGCCGCACUCCAGGGUGGUGGAGCUGUCUGGACGAGGCCACUACAAGGACAACAUCCAUUCCGACGACGGCCUCUAGCUCAAAGUGUCUGACGCCAGGUUGGUGGGGUUGCAAAGAUGCGUCCACGACCACGACUUCUUCCAGAUCGCGUAGCACUGUGAAGCCGACAACCACGCCGGCUCUAUGA